CCGCGUGGGUGUAUAUGAGAGAGGGGCGGGCGGGCGCCGGGCGGCGGGGAUGGCCGAGAAGCGGAGGGGCUCGCCAUGCAGCAUGCUAAGCCUCAAGGCGCACGCCUUCUCCGUGGAAGCGCUGAUCGGCGCUGAGAAGCAGCAACAGCUUCAAAAGAAGCGGCGAAAGUUGGGCGUAGAAGAGGCGGCCGGGGCCGCGGACGACGGAGGCUGCAGCCGCGGCAACGGCGCGAGCGAAAAAGGCUCCUCUGAGGCAGACGACUGCGCUGCGCUCCCGCUGCCGGCUGGGGCGGCGUCCGCGCCGGCCCGGAGCUGCGCAGACCUGGAGCGUGGAGCUGCGGGCGGCUGUGAAGAUGGCUUCCUGCAGGGCGCUUCCCCUCUGCCGUCCCCGGCAGGCUCCCCGAAGGGGUCCCCGGCUCCCGCCCUGGCCCCACCCGGGACCCCGCUGCCCUCGCCGCAGGCUCCUCGGGUGGAUCUGCAGGGAGCUGAGCUCUGGAAGCGCUUUCACGAGAUCGGCACGGAGAUGAUCAUCACCAAGGCGGGCAGGCGCAUGUUUCCAGCAAUGAGAGUGAAGAUCUCAGGAUUAGAUCCUCACCAGCAAUAUUACAUUGCCAUGGAUAUUGUACCAGUAGACAACAAAAGAUACAGGUAUGUUUACCACAGCUCUAAAUGGAUGGUGGCAGGGAAUGCUGACUCCCCUGUGCCGCCCCGGGUGUACAUUCAUCCGGAUUCGCCUGCCUCGGGGGAGACUUGGAUGAGACAAGUGAUCAGCUUCGACAAGCUGAAGCUCACCAACAAUGAACUGGAUGACCAAGGCCAUAUUAUUCUGCAUUCUAUGCACAAAUACCAGCCCCGAGUACACGUCAUCCGUAAAGACUGUGGAGAUGAUCUUUCUCCCAUCAAGCCUGUUCCCUCUGGGGAGGGAGUGAAGGCAUUCUCCUUUCCAGAAACUGUCUUCACAACUGUCACUGCCUAUCAGAAUCAACAGAUUACUCGCUUGAAGAUAGAUAGGAAUCCAUUUGCCAAAGGCUUCCGAGACUCUGGACGUAACAGAAUGGGUUUGGAAGCCCUGGUGGAGUCAUAUGCAUUCUGGCGACCUUCACUACGGACUCUCACCUUUGAAGAUAUCCCUGGAAUUCCCAAGCAAGGCAAUGCGAGUUCCUCCACCUUACUCCAAAGUUCUGGGAAUGGCGUUCCCGCCACCCACCCUCACCUUUUGUCUGGCUCCUCUUGCUCCUCUCCAGCCUUCCAUCUGGGGCCCAACACCAGCCAACUGUGCAGUCUGGCUCCGGCUGACUAUUCCGCCUGUGCCCGCUCGGGCCUCGCCCUCAACCGGUACAGCACGUCCUUGGCCGAGACCUACAACAGGCUCACCAACCAGACCGGCGAGACCUUCGCCCCGCCCAGGACUCCCUCCUAUGUGGGUGUGAGCAGCAGCACGUCUGUGAACAUGUCCGUGGGUGGUACUGAUGGGGACACCUUCAGCUGCCCGCAGACCAGCUUGUCCAUGCAGAUUUCGGGGAUGUCCCCCCAGCUCCAGUAUAUCAUGCCUUCACCCUCCAGCAACGCCUUUGCUACUAACCAGACCCAUCAGGGUUCCUAUAACACUUUCAGGUUACACAGCCCCUGUGCCUUGUAUGGAUAUAACUUCUCCACCUCCCCUAAACUGGCUGCCAGUCCUGAGAAAAUUGUUUCUUCCCAAGGAAGUUUCUUGGGGUCUUCACCGAGUGGGACCAUGACCGAUCGGCAGAUGUUGCCCCCUGUGGAAGGAGUGCACCUGCUUAGCAGUGGGGGUCAGCAGAGUUUCUUUGACUCUAGGACCCUAGGAAGCUUAACUCUGUCAUCAUCUCAAGUGUCUGCACAUAUGGUCUGAUGAAGUCUUUAAGUUAAAUUACAUUUGAAUCUGUCUAAUGUAUUUUCUUUCUUCUUUUUCUUUUUUUUUUAAAAAGCAAUAUGGAAAGAAGCUAUCUGUAGCUUGUAAAAUGUACAUAUAAUAGAAAAUGAAGGCUCACUAAGUUUUUUGACCUCAUGGCGAGAUUGUAAUUAUCUAUGGUAUAGAUGUAUACUGUAUAUACAAAGCAUGUGGAAUGUUGCCGC